GCCUGGCAGCACGGGCUGCAGCUCCUUGCGGAAGCCACAGAGCUUGGCUGUGCCAACGCCGUGUCCUUUGCUGCACUCGCUUCUACUGUUGAGCCAUCCGGAAUGCAAAAGACACCAGGUGACAGUCGCCUGCCCGCGCUUCUUUCUGCAGCCAGGAUCUGUGGGUCCUCACCCCUGCACAAAGAAGAGCAAGACUCAGAGGUGGCAGCACAAGCGCUUGUGCUGCUUGAACUGCUGGAUGGUCAAGGUGUCUUGGAUGGCCAGUUUGAGGCCAGCUUCGUGCGCAAAUGGGUGCGCCCUUUGUGGACUCAGCUUGCGCAGCUGUGCUUGAUGGUUCCCAAAGGUCGCUGGCGGCUGGAAGACCCCCUUUUGCAGAGGCAGACCAGCUUAGGUCCUGGGCCCACCAACCGAGCCCUUAGCCGCUUCACGAAGGUCAUGGGGGCGGAAUCGACAUCUGCAGCCCAGCUCGCUGCGCGAAGGGCCUUCCCGGAGGGAACUCCGUCUCAGGAGCCGAGCUCUGCUCUCCUGUCUGCCUGGUCGGCAAGUUUCCUCUACAGAGCAGGGGAGGAGGUCGUGUCAAUUCGUGGCAGACCUAGCCGCUACGGCGAUUUCGGAGAGGGAGGAGGAAGUCUGCGCAGUCUGAUCCCAGUUUUC